AUAGGGAGACAAGGGAAUCCUGCGGCUGGCUGUCCUGUCGCGGGGAGAGGGUGGGCAAGCAAUGGGGAAGAACCGAGUGUGAGCGGGCAGACGAGUUCGCGCCCACACCCGGGCCCCAGGACCGCGGCCCGUUGUUUCCCCCCGCUCGGCUCCGAGGCGCGGCGCCUUUAAAGCCCGGCGGGGGGGCGUGCCCGGCGCGCGGGGGUCCCGCCCCUGGGCGUGUCCGCCGGGCGCCCCGCCCCGAGGCUUGUAGCCGCGGCCCCGGGAGGCGGUGCCCGCUCUGGCUCCCCGGCCGCUCCAGUGGCGGCGGUGGCGGCUCGGUGGGCUCGGCGCCUCCUCUCCCUCGGGCGGCUUCCCCGCGCGCUGCCCAGGGCGCUCGGCGGCGCCCGGAUGCACGCGGGCGGCUCGGCAAUGGCCCGCGCCCCGCGACGUGGCGGGUGGGCACGGGGGCGCCAGACGGCGCGGCCCGAGUGAGCCGAGGCCGCCCUCCUGCCCUCGGCCGGGGCCGCCCGGGAUGGCCGUGCCGCCGUUCCGCGGGGCGCUGCUGCUGUGGCAGCUGCUGGCGGCGGGCGGCGCGGCGCUGGAGAUCGGUCGCUUCGACCCGGAGCGCGGGCGCGGGCCGGCGCCGUGCCAGGCGGUGGAGAUCCCCAUGUGCCGCGGCAUCGGCUACAACCUGACCCGCAUGCCCAACCUGCUGGGCCACACGUCGCAGGGCGAGGCGGCUGCCGAGCUGGCCGAGUUCGCGCCGCUCGUGCAGUACGGCUGCCACAGCCACCUGCGCUUCUUCCUGUGCUCGCUCUACGCGCCCAUGUGCACCGACCAGGUCUCGACGCCCAUCCCAGCCUGCCGGCCCAUGUGCGAGCAGGCGCGCCUGCGCUGCGCGCCCAUCAUGGAGCAGUUCAACUUCGGCUGGCCGGACUCGCUGGACUGCGCCAGGCUGCCCACGCGCAACGACCCGCACGCUCUCUGCAUGGAGGCGCCGGAGAAUGCCACGGCCGGCCCCGCCGAGCCCCACAAGGGCCUGGGCAUGCUGCCCGUGGCGCCGCGGCCCGCGCGGCCCCCCGGCGAUGCCGCCCCCGGCCCGGGCGGCGGCGGCACCUGCGAGAAUCCCGAGAAGUUCCAGUACGUGGAGAAGAGUCGCUCGUGCGCGCCGCGCUGCGGGCCCGGCGUCGAGGUGUUCUGGUCGCGGCGCGACAAGGACUUCGCGCUCGUCUGGAUGGCCGUGUGGUCGGCGCUGUGCUUCUUCUCCACGGCCUUCACCGUGCUCACCUUCCUGCUGGAGCCUCACCGCUUCCAGUACCCCGAGCGCCCCAUCAUCUUCCUCUCCAUGUGCUACAACGUCUACUCGCUGGCCUUCCUCAUCCGCGCCGUGGCUGGGGCCCAGAGCGUGGCCUGCGACCAGGAGGCAGGGGCGCUCUACGUGAUCCAGGAGGGCCUGGAGAACACGGGCUGCACCCUCGUCUUCCUGCUGCUCUACUACUUUGGUAUGGCCAGCUCGCUGUGGUGGGUGGUGCUCACACUCACCUGGUUCCUGGCGGCCGGCAAGAAGUGGGGCCACGAGGCCAUCGAGGCCCAUGGCAGCUACUUCCACAUGGCGGCCUGGGGCCUGCCGGCCCUCAAGACCAUCGUUAUCCUGACGUUGCGCAAAGUGGCGGGGGAUGAACUGACCGGGCUCUGCUACGUGGCCAGCAUGGAUGCGGCUGCGCUCACGGGCUUCGUGCUGGUGCCUCUCUCCUGCUACCUGGUACUAGGCACCAGCUUCCUCCUGACCGGCUUCGUGGCCCUCUUCCACAUCCGCAAGAUCAUGAAGACAGGCGGCACCAACACGGAGAAGCUGGAGAAGCUCAUGGUCAAGAUUGGGGUCUUCUCCAUCCUUUACACGGUGCCUGCCACCUGCGUCAUUGUUUGCUACGUCUAUGAACGCCUCAACAUGGACUUCUGGCACCUUCGGGCCACGGAGCAGCCGUGCACAGCACCCGCAGUACCUGGAGGCCGGAGGGACUGCUCGCUGCAAGGGGGCUCCGUGCCCACCGUGGCUGUCUUUAUGCUCAAAAUCUUCAUGUCGCUAGUGGUGGGCAUCACAAGUGGUGUCUGGGUAUGGAGCUCCAAGACUUUCCAGACCUGGCAGAGUCUGUGCCACCGCAAGAUGGCAGCUGGCCGGGCCCGGGCAAAGGCCUGCCGGGCCCCUGGGGGCUAUGGCCGUGGCACCCACUGCCACUAUAAGGCCCCCACUGUGGUCUUGCACAUGACUAAGACGGACCCCUCUCUGGAGAACCCCACACACCUCUAGGGACACAGGCCUGCAGGGGCGGCUGUUGUCCCCUUCUAGCCCCCCUCCGGAGGAGACAGCUGACUAGCAGCUGCCCAGCUGUCAAGGUCAGGCAAGUGAGUGCGAGGGGGCAGAGGACCAGGGCGGGCAGACUCUCCUUCAACCUACUGUCAGGACCCAGUGAGGCUUACUCCCAAAUCGCGUGGCGCAGGGAGUGGGCCUGGCUGAGUCCCUACAGGGUCCUGGGGGAGGAUGUGGAGAGUCGGAGGGGCAGAAGGGGGCGUGGUCCAGCAGGGAGUUUAUUUAAUGAUGUAAUUUAUUGUUGAGUUUCUCUGGAAGCUGUGACUGGAAUAAACCCCCGUGUGGCAGUGCUGAGUCCUCUCUGGGCUGGAAAGGCGGAAGGUAGGAGGGUGAGGGCCCUGCAGGAGUCUCCCUUGUGAGCAGAGCUGGGGGUGGGUGCUCUGGCUCCCCACCAAUCAGGAGAACAUCCCCUGUGGAACAGCUGUAUUUUGCAGGAGUCCCAGAUUCUGGGUGUAUGUGUUUCCCCUCUCGCCUAUCUUCGCUCCUUUUGGCAACUUGCUUGCUUGUCUCUGAGUCCUGGGUUCCUGCUUCCCCAAGUGAGACUGGGCUGCCUGCCGGCAUACUCAGGGAGUCCCCUGGGAUGACACCCCCACUUCUAACCCUGGGGAGUCUAGCUUGUUUGGGAGCUGUGGCUAAGACUCUGCUUCUCUCAUUUGUGUAGAAAAUGAGGGCAUCAGCCUGUCUCAGAGGUUCCCUCGGAGGCUCAGGACCAGCUCCCACUGUCUCCUGUUGACCCAUCCUGUUGUCCCCUCCCUGGGGCCUGAGGGCUGAGGCUGGAGUCUGACUGUCCUCAUUGCUUUCGAAGAUUGCUGGUGUGUCCACCUCACUCCUUGGGGCCCUAGUCAGCGCCCACCCCACCCCCUCAUCUCUCUCAGUGGAGAGAUAUGGGGCUUGACUGGCAUUUGGGCAUCUUGGUAGCACAGACAACAUGGUCACAGAGACAGGGAGCCCCUGAGUAUAGUGGGAAUGGGGUCCCAGCGCCUGAAGGGCUGUGGGAAGGUGUGAGGUGCUGAGCAGCAGUGAGAAAUGGGACAGGUGCAGGAGAGGCUGCUGGCACAUUUGUGUACCGGUGGUGGGAAAAGGUACUGUGUGUAAAUGUAUGCUGGGGGAGCCCAGGGCUGCUGGGACCUGCACUGUCUCUGUCCACUAUCAGGUGUGUGCGGCCAUCAGGCUGGGGUCAGACCCAAGAGCCCCACCUUGGCCUCUGCUUUGACCACUGUGAUGACUCCAGCCAGGUGAGGGUCUUGGUUACUGUCCCUGGGUGCAUAAUACACAGAGCUAGCGUUCACUGUCACUGCCAGAAGGCCCCAGGGGCCCAGCCCUGCUGCCAGCCUUGCUUUGGAGCCAAGGGGAGGCCCAAGGUCGACUGCUCCACAUCAGUAGUGGGGUUGAGCCCUCGAACCCAGGGCCUCUCGGCCGGAGCUCUGCCCUACACCAGCCACCCAUCUCACAGGGACAAGAAAGAAACCAGACGAAAAUCAAACAGGUGGUGUCAAAUCCCCAGAAGACAGCUUCCUCACCUGAGGGAGGUUAUGGGCUGUCCCUCACCACGAGGAACAGUUUGCACCCUUUGCUUGUGCAUUUCUUGCACGUGGAAUAUCUUCCACAUCUAACUGCUUCCCCUCCAGAGAGCACAGAGUAAGUCCCCGUGUAUUCUUUGACCAGCAAAGCCCAGUGACCCUCACACCUUGUAACGCUCCCUGUGAGGGUCCUAGACUGAGACAGAAUGAGCAUAUUUCAAGGGGACUGGGGCCCAGUUGGGGGUGGGAGAGGCAGCGGCUGCAUUGUGCUGGGCUCACAGGCCGGGUUUGCGGGGAGUGGAGCUGAAGCUGCUAAGGGCCUGUACCAGGGCAGGGGCAGCCGGAGCAAAAGGAGAGGAUUCCAGAGACUGGGGAAGGGAAGGCAAGUGCUGCGUGUAUGGGCGAAGGGGGGAGGGGAGGGGAGCAUCAAGCGUGGCACCAGCUCACCCCUAUUCCUUGCCAGUCGGUGGAUGGGGGAGGGGUGGUGCUUGGCUAUGUCCCGCUCAGCGGAAACAAGACUGGCUUCCAGAACAACUGGAUAGGAGGGAUGAGGGAGGAGGGGCAGUGUAGUUGGGAUGCGCCAAAGGGGACUCUGCUUUGAGGCUGGGAUGGUUCACAUGGGCCAGGACUUGGGAGGGAGGGCGUGCAGGCCUUGCCAGCUAAGGCUUCUCAGCACUGGAAAACACUACGGAAAAGUGCCAGACCCUGGAGGAAAAGGAAGGGAAGUUAGUAAAGACCUUGUACAGAAGUUCUCCAUUUGAUCCUCCUCUCCCCACUUUACAGACGGGGCCAUGUUUGGAGGGCUUGGCUGGCUCCACAUCAGAGCCAGGCAGUCUGCGGCCUCCGAGCCUUUGUGACUCCCACCACACCACAGGUUCCCUCCUGGGGGGAUGGCAGGUGUUAUAACCUGGGUGGUUUUGUCCAAAGAAACCCCUCCCACAGCAGGACCUCCCCCCACCCCCAGAAAGGAAAUCCCAGAGCCCAAGAAAAACGCCUCAGAAACCAACAUCUGCUGGCCUGUGUAGUGUGACCCCAGUCCCUCCCCUCACUGGCCUGGUGGCCCAGCGUGUGGAUCUUCAGAACAGUGGCUGUUUGCGCAUGUCCAUGCAGGCUUAGCCUGUCUGUGUGGUCUGAGCUUGUGCGAGGGAGGGCCAGGGUUAGGAACUUUGUAGCUCUGACCUAUUUAGUUCCAGGGACACGAUUCAGAGUUCACAGGAGUUAGCAGGAAUGAUCUUGACUGAGGUCAGACUGAGGAGAGGCCCCAAGGGUCAGUCCCUGCUCUCAGUCCCCCCCUGAAGGAAGCAGCUCCAGGCCCCGGGGGAGGUGGGGGCAGUCCAGCAUGUACCAAGGCCUGAAGGCCCCGGGCAGGGGUAGCAAUGGAAGCGGUAACCAAAGGGCAAGCUUUUCUUCCUACGUGCCUUGAGUUUCUCACUCAACAUCCUAAGGAGACCCUGGCUCCCUGGCAAGUUGGAGACAUGGUUUCCUAGUGGAAGAGGGCCUGCCCCUGAGUGGUUGUUUGGAAUCCAGACACCACUUCACUGCCACCCAACAGUGCUCUCUCCCCAGAGACAGGGUUUGAGGAGAAGGAAGAAUACAUGGGAGGGGGAGCCCUCAGCUGAUUCCCAGAAGUAAUGAUUCAGAACCCUGUCCUCAGGAAAAGGUUCUCUUAUCCCCAUUCGCAGUAGUCAACCCAAAUUAGGUGGCUCCCCCUAGGUAACACCCCUGGUAGGGAGAAAGGGGCUGAGAUGGUUGAAAAGGACCGGGAUAGACCCUAGAUGAGGUGACAUGGCCCCACAGGCACUAUCCUUAUAGCCUAAGAAACCCACGCGAGGAAAAGGGUUUCACAGAUGCAGGCUGGGAGCCCGAGUCCAACAGUGAUUGUGUAGAAAAUGCUCAGAGGUACCACAGCUCCCCUUCUCCAGAACUUAAGGGCUGGUCAAAUUCGACUUGACCUUGGGGCAAUCCACUUCCUCCCCUGCAGGACUGAAAAUCCCCAAGUGCUCAGCACCAGCUCGAAGCCCACCCUCACCAAGGCCACAAAGCGAGUCAGUGGCAGAACACACACCCAGGGCUUAGGUUUCUCCUCACAUUUCUUCCCGUUUACCUUCUGCUGUCCCCGAUUCAGUUGGUCAGGAACUGGACAUUUCACUUCUCCGUACAUGGGGUCAUGGAGGGGUGCUGCAAAAUCUUUGAAUUCCAUAGACAGGUUGCCACCUAGCAGUGACCUAUUCGAAUCAACCACUCUGACU